AUGGCAGCAAUUGCCCCGCUCGCUGGCAGUUUUGCACUCAUUUUCGGUGGAUGUUGCUCAAAUGUUUACUGUCUAGAGGCCAUCGUAAAACAUGAACCGGACAGCGGCCUCCUUAUCACCCUUUUCCAGUUCAUCUUCACGUGCCUUUCGACUCUACAUUAUCAGUUCGACCCCAAUGGUCGAUAUUUCGUCAAGCCAUCGCCUGUACCAUUUCGGAAGUGGUGCAUAAGCGCGGCAUUGUUCUUUACGGUCAACAUGAUGAACAAUUGGGCCUUUGCUUUUAACAUUUCUGUACCGGUUCAUAUCAUCCUACGCAGCUUUGGAAGCGUGACCACAAUGGCGGCUGGGUGGAUGCGCGGGAAGAAGUACUCUCCGGUCCAGAUAUUCUCAGUUGCUGUCCUGACGUUGGGAGUCAUGGUUUCCGCUUGGGCCGAUGCGAUGUCAAAGGGCAAAACAAUGGAUGCAUCCAACAUUGAUCUCACCAGUGCAUCGUUCGAGAUGGGACUGCUCAUCUUACUCGUUGCCCAACUUCUCUCUGCAUACAUGGGAGCCUACGUUGAGGAUAUUUACAUCGAACACGGUAACCAUUGGAAAGCAAACCUCUUCUACUCUCAUCUCCUCUCGAUCCCACUCUUCGCCAACUUUACUCCGGUUCUCUAUAAGCAAUUUCUAAGGCUUCACGCCUCUCAGCCGUUUCAAGUGCCCCUUCUAAUGGCCGCAAGUCUACCUCCGAUGGCCAGCAAAGCGCUGGCCUCAACAUCCCAGCAUGUCAUUUUCCUAACAGCGAAUGCGGUAACGCAACUGCUAUGCAUCACUGGUGUCAACAUACUCAGUGCCAACACCUCGGCAGUCACAGUCACUAUCGUCCUAAACAUUCGCAAACUGGUCAGCUUCCUGCUGAGCAUCUGGCUCUUUGGAAACCAGAUGAGUGGACUGAUGAAGGUGGGAGCAGCGAUGGUGUUCGGAGCUGGUGCGCUGUACGGUUGGGAGACUACGUACAAGAUUCCGCAGAGACGGCGGGCGGCUGCCGAGGAGGCGGAGGCGAAGAAAGCACACUUUUUGAGCUCAUCUACCAUGUCUUCUCCGGCCGCCGUACGGCAUCGCGGUCCCAAGGACAAAAAGCGGCCUGUCACGCCGAACCCAGACAUUUCCACCGAGAAGGAUUUCGAUGUUAUUUCCAAGGGCAAGAAGGAGCUCAAGCCCAAGAAGAGCUCAGAAUGGGACUACAAGCUGGCUAUCACAAUUAUCACUAUCCUAGCCUUUGCAACACGCUUCUGGGGAAUCAGCCACCCUUCGCAGGUCGUCUUCGAUGAGGUGCAUUUUGGAAAGUUCGCCUCCUACUACCUCCAGCGAACCUACUUCUUCGACGUCCACCCUCCCUUCGGAAAGCUGCUCUUCGCCUUCGCUGGUUGGCUGGUGGGAUACCGCGGUGACUUCCUGUUCGAAAACAUCGGCGACUCGUACAUCGCCAACAAGGUGCCCUAUGUCGCUUACCGCUCGAUGCCCGCCAUGAUGGGCGCUCUCACCGUUCCGACCGUGUUUAUGAUCAUGUGGGACUCUGGAUACUCUCUGCCAGCCUGUGUAACUGCGGCUGGGCUGAUGCUCUUCGACAACGCCCACAUUGGCCAGACCCGAUUGAUCUUGCUCGAUGCGACCCUGAUCUUCUUCAUGGCUCUGUCGGUGCUCAGCUACAUUCGCUUCUACAAGCUCCGACACGUACCUUUCGGCCGCAAAUGGUGGAAGUGGCUCUUGUUGACUGGCGUGUGCCUCAGCUGCGUCAUCUCUACUAAAUACGUCGGUGUCUUUACUUUCUUCUCCAUUGGGGUGCCCGUCUUAAUUGACCUGUGGGACCUCAUGGACAUCAACCGCCGUCAGGGAGCUUUGAGCCUUCCAGAGUUCGGAAAGCACUUUGCUGCUCGUGCGGUUGGCCUCAUCAUCAUUCCAUUCUUCCUCUACCUCUUCUGGUUCCAGGUCCACUUCUCUAUUCUCACACGUUCUGGGCCUGGAGACGACUUUAUGAGCCCCGAAUUCCAAGAGACUUUAAGCGACAACAUUAUGACUCUUCAAUCCGUUGGAAUUGAUUUCUUCGAUACCAUCACAAUUCGGCACAAGGACACCAAGGUUUACCUCCACAGCCACCCUGAUCGCUACCCUCUUCGAUAUGAUGAUGGCCGCAUCUCUUCACAGGGACAACAAGUCACGGGAUAUCCUCACAACGAUACUAACAAUCACUGGCAACUUCUUCCCCACAAGACGCUUCCUAGCAAUGAGGGCCAGCGGAUCAAGACUGGCGAUGUCGAUGCUGCCGGUGCGCAAUACAACAACACUCUUUUCGAGAUUCGGGUGGACAACGUCAAAUCCGGUCAAGACUUCAAAACUAUGUCCUCCCACUUCAAACUAGUCCAUGUUCCAACCAAAGUCGCUAUGUGGACUCAUACCACCCCGCUCCCCGACUGGGCCUACAAGCAGGCUGAGAUCAACGGUAACAAGAAUGUCCAGCAAACUAGCAACAUCUGGUACGUCGACGACAUCCCAUCUCUCCCUGCCGACAGCGAGCGCAACAAGAAGGAACCACGCAAGAUCAAGCACGUCCCAUUCUUGAAAAAAUACUUCGAACUUCAGCGCGCCAUGUUCUUCCACAACAACGCUCUAACCAGCUCGCAUCCUUAUGCUUCCUUCCCCAUUUCCUGGCCAUUCCUGCUUCGCGGUGUCUCUUUCUGGACCAAUAAUGACACCCGAGAGCAAAUCUACUUUCUUGGUAACCCCGUUGGCUGGUGGCUUGCUUCAUCGCUUCUCGCUGUAUUUGCUGGUAUCAUCGGUGCGGAUCAGCUGGCGCUUCGGCGCGGCAUGGAUGCCCUUGAUGAUCGUACUCGGGCCCGCCUAUACAACUCCACCGGCUUUUUCUUCCUUACCUGGGCCGCCCACUACAUCCCCUUCUAUAUCAUGGGCCGCCAACUCUUCUUGCACCAUUAUCUCCCCGCUCACCUCGCCUCCGCCCUUGUCACAGGCGCACUUAUCGAGUUUAUCUUCAACAUCGAGCCCGUGGACCCGGAAUCCCCUGCCCCACCCCCAUCCACUUCCUCAGCCUCAAAUCCCCAGUCCCACACCCAAUCUCAUACCAAAGGCCACCGUAGGACGCAAUCCCGCCCUGUACGUGAAAGAGUGGCGACGCAGAGUCUGUUGGGUAGCUGGAUUGCGACGAUUGUGGUUCUCAGCGCGGUUUUCUGGUGCUUUAUGUUCUUUGCCCCAUUGACGUAUGGGAAGCCGGGGUUGACGGUUGAGCAAGUGCAGGCGAGGAAGUGGUUGGCGUAUGAUUUGCAUUUUGCAAAGUAG